GGAGGUGGAUUCAUGGGGCGUGGUGUCUUCAUGCUGUAUCAGUUACUGUAGGGAAAAGACUGGAAGCUGCUCAUUCAUCCCAUCCCCUCAGUGUGUGAUCUCUCCAUCCCACUGCAGCCUGGAUGACAACUUCCGGUUUCUAAGUGCUCUCUUAUCCCUUCAGCCUUUGCCACUGUCUGCGAUGAUUCCAGCGUUUAGUUUGGGGGGAGACUGAUACACCUAAAAAGUGGGGAGCAUCUAGCCGUGGAUGUGUGAGCCUGAGCAGGCUGGGGAUCGGACAGUCAUCGAGGGUGCAGCGGAAGUGGCGGUGCUCCUGAGAGGAUCAUGUGGGGAUCCUGGCCCUUCCUGCCUGCUCUGAUGCUUCUCUCGGAGCUGUGUGUGAUCAAAGUCCAGACGGCACCAUGUCAGACCUGCAAGAAACUGACCGAGAGUCUCAUCACGGGUUUGGAGAGGACAGCCAACAAAAACUUUGGAGGAGGUAACACUGCAUGGGAGGAGGAGAAGCUGGCCAAGUAUGCACGCAGUGAGACGAGGCUUCUAGAGAUAGUAGAAUCUGCCUGUGAGAAAGCAGAUUUUGAAUGUAACCGGCUGCUGGAGCAGAUAGAGGACCAAGUGGAGACGUGGUGGUUCCACAGGCAGCAGGAGGCUCCAGACCUGUUUGAGUGGCUGUGCAUCGAGGAGCUGAGCCUUUGCUGUCCACCGGGCCGCUUUGGACCUGAAUGCAAAGAGUGUCCAUCUGGGUCCGGUGGUGUGUGUGGAGGCCUGGGCCGAUGUGAGGGGGAGGGCACCCGCCUGGGAGAUGGAGAAUGCAUCUGCGAUCCGGGAUACUCGGGUCAGCUGUGCCAGAACUGUGCUGAUGGCUACUACAGAGAGAAGAGCUCCAAUGACAGUGCAGGAGUCUGUGCAGCCUGUUAUCGCUCGUGUAGGAAAUGCUCGGGCCCAGAGGACUACAAGUGCCUCGCCUGCAAACCCGGCUGGAUCCUUCAUGACAAUAAGUGUGUGGACACUGAUGAAUGUGGUACAGAGUUGGCUCGUUGUCCUUCCAACACCUACUGUCACAACACAGAUGGAUCUUACGAAUGCAGAGGCUGCGAUCAGGCGUGUGUAGGGUGCAUGGGCAGCGGUCCCGCCCGCUGUAAGAAAUGUGCUCGCGGCUACAGGCUGAAGGGAGCCAAAUGUCUCGACAUAGACGAAUGCAGUGAACGUGCGAUAGCAUGCCCAGGCCUCAAUGAGGCCUGCAUCAAUGAGGAGGGCUCCUUCCACUGCGACUGUGCCGAUGGAUUUAUCAGAAGAGAUAGUAUUUGUGUUGAGAACAAGCCUCCUGCGGGUCCAGAGAAGGGUCUUUUUGAUGACAUGACUGAUGACGAGGUCCUGGUACUGCAGCAGAUGUUCUUCGGCGUGGUAAUCUGCGCCUUAGCUACCCUCGCUGCUAAAGGAGACAUGGUCUUCACGGCCAUUUUCAUUGGAGGAGUAGCUGCCAUGGCUGGAUACUGGCUGACAGAGAAGGGAGACUACAUGCUGGAUGGGUUUCUGAAGGGACGAUAAAUCUCUCAUGAGGAUAAUACGAGAAAAAAAACACUCUGGAUGCAGGGAAGUGCUCGUUGCUUGUCUUUCAGGGAUUAACACUGGAGAAUUACCUAAAAGGGCUCAGGCAGGUUCUCGUACUUGUCUUCGUGAAUUGGAUAAUGCAGGAUAAAGUGACAACUUGAAGACUAUGCUGCGGAAGAUCUUAAAGAGGAAGCAACACUGCACUAAAAUGAAGAAACUGAACUUUAGACCCCUUCCUCAACUCCGUUGGGAACAACGCCGACUCCAAGACUCCUUUCCGAUUGUUCACCGUCUCAGCUGGUCCCUGUGUUGCUCAAGAAAACUCCAAAAGCCCCACAUGUGUUUUUUGUUUUCCAUUCUUAAAGAUAAUUGUCAUCUUUACUCAAAUAGGACAACUUUUACCUCCUUCCUGAAUGCUGCU